CCCCAGUAUGAGAGGAACUGUCUUUUGCCUUCUACAAUGAUUCACGGACCUAUGUUAGCGACGGACCAGAAGCGGCACGUAUUGGCGAUUUCGGUUUCUGCAUCAUUCUGUCUGUACACUUUACUGUCAUAAAGUCCUUCCAGCAAACAGAGAGGAUGUUGAGAAACAGAGCAGCACAGGUUUUCAGACAGCUGGUUAGACACCAGUCUACAGACACCAGCCUGAUCCUGGAGAGAUCGAUUAACCGUGUCCAGCUGCUGGGCCGCGUGGGGCAGGACCCUGUCAUGAGACAGGUGGAGGGACGGAACCCCGUCACCAUCUUCUCCAUGGCAACCAACGAGAUGUGGCGCUCCGGGGACGUGGAGACGUCCCCCGCUGGAGAUGUCAGCCAGAAGACGACGUGGCACCGUGUGUCCAUCUUCAAGCCUGGUCUGAGGGAUGUGGCCUACCAGUAUGUCAAGAAAGGGUCGAGGGUUCUGGUGGAGGGGAAGUUGGAUUACGGGGAGUACGUAGACAAGAACAACGUCAGACGCCAGGCUACCACCAUCAUUGCAGACAACAUUGUAUUCUUAAGCGACAACAUUCGAGGGCGGGAUCAAUGAAGGAAAUGGCACUCUUCAUCUAGGAGGAAGACUAGAGCUCUUUCUGUGUAGCUACUCUAGUGUCUAUAUAUUAACUGACUGUUGAAGGAGCUGUGUGACUGCUAUCUAAAUGGGACAGAACACAGUGUAACACCUCUCUGUUGACUGUAGAGAAUGAUGGAGGACUAUCUGUCCCAUUUAUGACGUCGUUGAGCGCACGGGCAGCGCCAUUGAGGCCAUCUCCAUUUUGAAGUAGUCAAUUUUCUUCUUCUACUACUACUGAGUUGGUAAACAAACUGAAAGGGUUCGUACUGCCACCUAGAGUGUGUUGUUGGAACAGGUAUAAACCCAAGGUUGGGGAUUUACUGCCACCUGCAGUUAUGGAAUGUUUGCUCACGAGUAUAAUUCAUUGGUCGAUGACCUGGAUGGAAUUAUGU